AUGAGAAGUGGACGCAUAACCCAGUAUAUUAAAGAGACAAGCAGACCCGGCACCUCACAGCCCAACACUGCUUCUGUCCCAACACCACCAGUAGCAGACUCCCUGCAUACGGCCACCGUGAGCUCACAAGAGCCCCUCAAGCAAAUCCCCAUAAUACACGGUAUUGUGGAGCUCACCAAGGAACAAGAGCAGGCCACCAAAAUUCACAAGAGGAUGGAAGAAUGGGUAAAGAGAUAUAGAUCAUUAGGCCAUACAGUCAACCUCGUCACUUCGGAGGAAAGACGCUAUCCAGCCUCUGCAAUCACCUUCACCGAAGAUGACUUGCGGGAAGUACACCUGCCCUAUGACGAUCCUCUAGUUAUUUCACUGCAGGUCGACCAUUGCCAGCUGGGAAGAGUUCUAGUCGACGGGGGCAAUGGGGUUGACAUUCUCUUCUGGGAAGCCUUCCAGAAGAUGGGACUCGAAGAAAAUCAGAUCAGGACCUCUGCUACACCAAUUUUGGGAUUUAACAACCAGAGGGUAUACCCGAAGGGCAUUGUUCGAUUAACCGUGAUAGCCACAGAACGCACCUUUCCUGUGGACUUCCUCAUCGUGGAUUCCAUCAUAAGCUAUAACGCCAUCAUGGGAAGAAGUUGGAUCCACCGAAUGCAUGGAGUGGUCUCAACUUUGCAUCAAGUUAUGCGGUGCCACUCACCCAACGGACGGUAUACCAUCGACAUAAAAGGAUGCCAGAAGCAAGCCAAAAAAUGCUUCCUUACUUUGAAAGAAAUAAAUUAUUCUGGCACCUCCCCUCCUGAAGACAAUCCCACAAAUAGCAAUCUUAGCGUGACUUACCAGCAUGUCUCAAAGGCCUAG